AAUUGGAUGACACGGUUGACUAUUUUUGCUUUAGCGUGAAAUUUACUCGCUUGCUCAACAUUGUUAGGUUAAGCGCGGAGCGCCUCAAUCAAACAGAUCUAGUUUACGAUAAAACGAAUAAUACACGUUUAUCCGUUUUAGAAAACACAACAUGUGUAAAUAUAUAUUUCAUAGCAAAAUAUGUGAAACGUGUUUCUACAAUUUGAUAGUUUAGUCUGAAAAUUCUUUCUCAUAGAAUUUCAAGUGUUUUUUCAAUUCAGUUUUAAAUAAUUUAUUAAUUUAGAAUAAAUAUAAAUAAGAUAAUGUCUGGACCAAUGGUAUUGUGCCAAUUAUGGAUGGGAGGUCUAGAACCAUAUAUGACAGAAAGUUUUAUAAUGAAUGCUUUUCAUAAAAUGGGCGAACAACCUCAAACAGUAAAAGUAAUGAGAAAUCGUUAUACGGGUGAACCAGCAGGCUAUUGUUUUGUACAUUUUCCAACUGACGAAAUGGCACUUGAUGCUAUGCACAAAUUAAAUGGCAAAGUGAUUCCUGGUUCCAAUCCAGCUGUAAGAUUUCGAUUAAAUCAUGCUAGUACAACAGGAAAGCCAGCAGCAGAAAGAGAAUUUAGUAUUUGGGUUGGAGAUUUAUCGACAGAUGUAGACGACUAUUCUUUGUAUAGAGCGUUUGCUGCCAAAUAUAAUUCGAUUAGAACGGCAAAAGUAAUUCUGGACAGUUCUGGAUUUAGUAAAGGAUAUGGUUUUGUUAGAUUUGCUAAUGAGGAAGAACAGAAAAAUAGUUUGGUCACUAUGAAUGGAUACAGAGGAUUAGGAACUAAAUCAUUGAAAAUCUGUAAUGCUGUUCCUAGGCCCUGGAAUAAAAUAGCAGGAUCUACACCCCCACAAUCAUCAUCUGAAUACACACCAUCAAAUAUGAAUUCAGAUGCUUAUAAUUAUUAUGAUACAUCAUCAUAUUGGAACAGUUAUAGUGCAUGGCAACAAGGUUAUUACGAAAGUGAACCGACGUCAGAUGGAUAUAAUAGUUAUGUAUCAGAUCAAAAACCUGAGGAAGAUGAAUUAGAACUAAUUGAGCAUUCAGUACCCAUAGAUAUAGACAAACUUAAUAGAGAAACAAUAGAGCAAGAUUAUAAUUUAUGGGAUGCAUUGGAAAGUUCGAAAUGGAUUCCGUGUGACACCUUAGAAUUAUGCUACUAAAGACUUUUGUAUAAAUUAUUUUAUGUUUUAUACCUAUCAUUAUGCAAAUAUGUAUUUUUAUUGAUAGCUUAA